GAGGCUUCGUGGAGUGAAAUCAACACAGAAAUUUUCUAGUCACUUAACGGUACUCCUAAACUACCACCAAUAUGUCGAAACCUGUAGCAAUCGUCACGGGCGCCGGAUCCGGCAUCGGCGAGGCUGUCGCGAAGCACAUGUACAGCAAAGGCUACAAAGUCGUUGUUGCAGACAUGAAUCCGGCAACGGGCGAAAAGGUCGCGUCGGCUCUAGGACCAGAUGCGAAGUUCCUACAAGUCGAUGUCUCAUCAUACCAGUCUCAAGCUCGCUUGUUCAAGCAAGCGUACGAAUGGGGCGGUAACAGGCUCGAUUUCUGCCAUGCGAACGCUGGAAUCGAUGAUCGACAGAUCUUGUAUGAAGCUGAGGAUAAAGAAGAGCUGGAUGCGGAGGGACUCUUGAAGCCACUGAAUACGAAGACAAUGCAAGUCAACUUGGAGGGCGUUAUCCAGGGAUUGUGGUUGUUCAAGUACUAUGUACGACGUAGCAAAGAAGCCGGUGGAGGCAAGGGCAAGUUCGUUGCUACGAGCAGCGCAGCUGGUCUCUAUUCCAUGACGCAAUGUCCGCAGUACACCGCUUCCAAAUACGGUGUUAUCGGCCUCGCCCGUGCAUCCGGCCCUGUCUUCGUCAAAGAGGGCAUCACAGUCAAUGCAAUCUGCCCAGCUUUCAUUCCGACAAACCUAUGUCCGCCAGAGGUGCUCAAGCGUUGGCCUAAGGAGCACAUCACGCCUCUCUCGACGGUGAACAAAGCUAUCGAUGCUUUCUUGGCUGACGACAAACUUACUGGCCAAGCAGUCGAGCUUUCGCAAGAGAACAUCUACUUCCGCGAACAAGUCGACUACCCGAACGAGAGCCAGAAGUGGAUCGGACUCGAAAGUGACAAGAUUUGGAAUGAAGGUUAUGAAGUAGGCAAGCAGCCGCUGAAAAGGGAGGGCUACUAG